AUGCAUGGAGAAAAUGAACAUUUGCUACGUACCUUAGAAAAUUAUAAUGACGAUCUUACAAUUGGCAACUAUAGAUUAACCGGAAUAAGAGAAAACUCGAUCUUCAAUGAAAUCCCGUCAUUUCACGUCGUUAAUAAUAACGCUGUCGACAUAAUGCACGAUUUACUCGAAGGAGUGUGUAAAUAUGACAUGACUCUAAUAAUAACUUAUUACACGACAGUUCGCAUGAUAUCUUUAGAGACCAUAAAUUUUUGUAUUCAGUCUUUUGAUUAUGGAUAUAUUGAAUUCGGUAAUAAGCCUCCAGUAAUAACUCAAGAUGCAUUGAGGAAGAAAAAUAUAAACAUUAAAGCCGCGGAAAUGAUGUGCCUUGUGCGAAAUUUUGGACUCAUGAUUGGGCAUCUUAUCCCGGAAGGCAAUAACGUGUGGCCACUUUAUACUACUUUGUGUGACAUAAUGGAUAUUGUUCUCGCACCGUCCUAUCAAGUCGGUACGCAGAAUUUAUUAAAAGUUCUUAUAGAGGAACAUCAUGAACUAUACAUUGACACUUGUAGGCUAGUUCCGUGCUAUGAACAGACUGAGUAUUAUCUUACACCAAAAUUUCAUUUCAUGGUGCACUAUUGGCGCAUUAUUCAUAACUAUGGUCCUCUGCGUAAUUUUUGGUGCAUGAGAUUUGAAGGGAAACAUAAAACAGGGUUACAAACGGCUCGAAAUUCGGCGAGUCGAAUCAAUUUGACUCAAACCAUUGCAAUUGAUCAUCAGUUGCGUUUAGCAUACAGAUUAUCAAAUGAUGAAAUUCUAAAUAACAUAAUAAACCAAGGAUCUCGGACUACAUUUGUAAUUUGUCACUUUGAUAAAGAAUUCGUCCCUGUUAAAUGGGUUGAUUACAACGGACGAUUGUAUAAAGCAGGAAGAUGUGUUAUACGCAUAGGUACACAUGACGAUAUGCCACAUUUUGGAUUAGUUACAGCUAUAUUUACAAAGCAGGAGACGGUAUUGUUUUACUAUCAAAAUUUACAGACCCUCGGUUUUCAUUAA